AUGUUCAUUCUUACUACGGUCUCCGAUCUUAUCCAGAUCUCCCCGGAGGAUUUCUCCAAAUAUAGCGCGGUGGCUCUCGAGGAUAACAUCAACGAGAAGUAUGCCAACAAAGUUAUUCAAAAGAUCGGCCUAUGUAUUGGUUUCUAUGACCUGCUAGAGUCUUCAGAUGGUUUGAUCGGCCACGGCACUGGACUUGUCAAUGUAAAUGUCAAAUUCCGUCUGAUUGUCUUCCGCCCGUUCAAGGGCGAGAUCAUGCUUGGGAAGAUCUCGAGUGCGACAGAACAUGGCAUUAAGGUUGCCGUGGAAUUCUUCAACGAUAUCCUCGUGCCCCCUGAUCUACUCCUGGAUGGCGCCAGAUUUGACUACGCGGAUCAAGUCUGGAUCUGGGAGAACGAAGAUGGCUCCACUUUCUACUUUGAUGUUGGUGAAGUUGUUCGAUUCCGCGUUGAGAUGGAAGAAUGGCACGACCAAAUCCCCAAUGCACCGGAUCUAGGAGAUGCCGCCGCGAUCGAGCGGAAACCUCCAUAUUCGAUUAUUGGAUCGAUGCAAAUGGCAGGGUUGGGUCCGAUCUCAUGGUGGUGA